AUGUCUGGAUCGAACGCGUCGCGAGCGCUUAGCGAGCAGCCGGAAGGCGCGAUUGCCCAACCCUCCGAGGCCGUUGUGUCUCCUUUGGCGCAAGACUUCGAAUUUCCCGAGCCCCAGGCGCUGGAAGCCUAUUUGUCUAGUCACCCGCACACCGACCUUAUCCCCUUUGAUCUUCUGAAUGAGGUCAAUGACGCUUGCGAGGGAGUAACUAAGCUCGUCCGACGAUGGCUACCCGCAUCUCCCGCGCUGACCGACCUUCCUUAUGGGGGGUUGGUUCGAGCUCUCGAUCAGCGGUUUCGUCUCCUUACCGAUGCAGUGCGGGAUGCUAGAGACCGUGCAAAGGCUUCCGAAGCCGAUAUGAAGGCCGCAAUUGACGUCGCGUCGGCCGCCAGGGCCGAAGCCGCCGCUCAACGUUUCGCACGCGAAGAAGCCGAGUCGCAGCUCCAGGCCGCACGAUCUGAACUCCAGGGUCUCGAGGAGCAGCGUCGACAGGCAGCUGAGCGGAUCGCCUCGCUUGAGAAGGACAACAAAGAGGUCCAUCGCAAGCUCGAUGCCGUGCUUGUGAUGUACAAUAAACUUCUGGACGGUGUUGAGCAGGAGCGCCGUCAACUCGAUAGCAUCAGGGACUCCUUAUCGCUCUAA